GCAUCGUUUGAAAAAAGCUUUAAAAAAAGGCUCCUUAAUACAGGUUAUAAUUUCUGUAGUAAUCAUUUAAUUUUCAUAUGACCGAAGAUCUUCAAUAUCUAAUUUGUUCAUGAAUUUCUCCAAAAACUGUAAUUUAGCGUGGGACUAAAAUACGUUUACUUCAAGUCUUAUAACCAUCUAUUUUUAGCAUGUUAGUUGUAUACUUCGUAUCUAUUAUGGCAGCCAGGGUGUGCCAUAGCCCAUGUCCCCUUCAACCCACAAAUAAAAUAAAAUAAAAGUACGUUUUUAUUGCACGCAAAAAGGCCUAUCAAACCAAGUAAUUUAUACGCCAUCAGCCAUACUGUUGACGUCAUAGUAGAAUAAUUGAUCUCGCAAAACUAACACCAAUAUCGACUCUAUGGGCUCGCAAAAAAGUAUAUAAUCUUUCGUAUUUCUUAAACAAAAGUAGAAUCUUUACGCGUCAGACCACACAUAUUGCAACUAUCUCUUUCAUGCGUGCCUUUUUUUCCCGUUAACUGAAGUGAGAUAAAGAUAACAUUCCCUCGCGUACUCAAGCGCUGACGGAUAUUUGGGGUCAUAGAACGUGUUUAAAUUUCGAAACUAGUUCCGUCCAAUACGAUGCCUUUGAAUUCAGAACGUCGCCAUUGGUUAGGGUGGCCUGUACUAAAAACGCGCGCGUCAUCGAAAAAUCGAUAAAACUGUCGUGUUUUUCUUAGACGGUGCGGUCAAAUCAUCGUAUUGUUUGGGUUUCCUGUGAGUUUAGUGGUACGGGGUGUCGGAGCGGCUUGAUAGGCGCUUUAUGUUAUUCGUGCAGCUAUUUUGUGAGACAACAUGUCGGACAGAACGUUCAUGUAGUUUUAAUUUCAUUUAAACACGAUUUCUUUAAGAUAAGUGUGUUGUGGAUGUGCCCAUAGCUGCCAAACAUCAAUGAUGCAGCAACAAAUGUGUCAGCCGGACCAAAUGGGCCAACCACAACAGCAGCAGGUGAUGCUGUGCCCCGUCCGACUUGUCUACGAAACGCAGAUCCUAGUACAACCAGGCGAACAGAUCCAACCGAAUCAAACACUCUUCAUAAAUCCACAAAACCCACCGCCAUGGAUACAGAACCAGGUCCGGCCCCAAAACCAGGUCAUAUACAUGCAGCAGAUGCCGAGCAACAUGAUGUCUUCCGUCCCUCAGCACAUGGACCAAAAUCAGAUGUACCUGCAGAAUCUGCAGGGCUACUACCCGCAGCAAAUGAUACAGAUGGACCCUAGACAAAUGCCCAAUGUCGUCCAAAUGAUGCCAAAUAUCGGACAAAUUACUGGGCAAAACGUAAAUCUAGGUCAAAAUGUAAUAAAUGUAGGCCAAAACGUUAGUAAUAUUGCUCCAAAUGUAAUAAAUACAAGUCAGAACGUAAUGUCAAUAGGUAAUGUUGUACAAAAUGUACAGAAACCUGCUAAUGUUGGUGUUAAUAUUGCUCAAAACCAAAAUAUGGGUAAUAUAGUUAGCAAUGAUAGGGUUUACAAUAGUAAUAUGCAGAAUACGAUUCCAAUGGCAAACCAAAAUACAAUGACGAAUGUUACCCAAGUACAAGAUCGGACAGGUAAUAUGAAUCAGAAUUUAGUGAAUAUGCAGAAAGUCGCAGAACUACAAGGGAUGAGACAACAAAAUUUGAGACAACCACAAGUCACUGUGUCUCCGAUGCAGACAAAGUAUGCUUCUAAUACUGUUGAUAUUAGACCAAUAGCUCAACAAAAUGUUGGUGAUAUCAGAGUAGUAAACAGUCCGAGACCGAUGAAUAUUACUAGCAAUAUACCAAAUAAUGUUAUGCAAGCAAACGCAUUAAACAAAAAAGUUCCUAUACCAAGCAACCCAAUUCCACCUGUCGUGGCAAAUCCAAUCAGGCAUUAUAAUCAGUACUACAGACACAUCCAGCCCAAACCAAUGAGUGUAACGCCAAUGCAAAAUCAAUACAUGCCGAGCGGUACCCAGACUAUAACUAGGCCAAACCAAAGUCUUAACGACGUAAAUAGGAAAAGAAAAAGCGAAUCACCCGACGAAACUAAAAGGAAAAUACCUAAUAAUCAGACCGUAAGCGUGCUAGAAACCGCAAAUGGAACAACUAUUAGUUAUAUACCCACCCCUGUUAGAGACUUUAAGCUAGUAUCAAGGAAUGUCGAAACAGCAUCUACCGGAACGCAAGCCAAUAUCGCCAAGGAAAAGUCUCAACUUGUUGAUAUGAAAGUAAUACCACCGACUAAAAAUAAUAAUGUUCAAAUCGAAAGCGACAAGUUAGUUAGAAACACAGUUUUUACUCAAGCAGCUCAAGCUCUUAAUAGACCUCUAAUAAGAACUGAACCCCAACCGGUGCAACCGGACGUUGUUAUACGUAUAGAAAAAUUACAUUCUCCAACAAAAAUUACACCUAUGGAACCCAUGACGUUUGUAACAUCAGAGGGCAGCACGGAACCAGUUAAACCAGAAACAUCAAAACCAAAUACAGAAAUGAUGAAAAUAGAAACAGGUAAUACAAAUCCUGAAUUGGCAAAAAUGGACACGUCGAAACCAAGUAUAGAAUUAUUAAAACUAGAACCAACAACAUCGGUUAAAGAACCAUUAGUAAUAAAUACACCAGCACAAAGUUGUAUACCUUUAGUAUUCAAUGCAUCAUUAGAUGAACGAAAACCAAAUACCAACAAGUCACCACAACCAAGUAAACCAGAAAUUAAAUUAAAAAUAGAAUCAAGAGCAAGUGCAGAAUCAUUAGAAAUGGCCACAAGUAGAACUCCAGAACCUAAAACACCAAAACUAAGUACAGUACCACCGAAAAUAGAAACAAUCACAAAGCCAGAACAAAUUAAAGAAAAACCCAAAACAGCAACACCUAAAACAAUUACAAAGCGAAAAGAAGUUAUAAAACCUGGUAAAGUUAAAAAAGAAGAAACUCCCAAAUCGAAACCGAAUAUUAAAGAAGAAAAAACGGAAGUAACUAAAUCUGAAUUAGAAACAAAACCUGCUAAAGUAGAAGCUAAAGAGGUUAAAGAAGUAAAUAGAAAAUUCACAGUUACUUCAAUAAACGAUUUUAAAGGAAGCGAGCUGCAGAUAGCCAAUGGUAGUGUGCGGAAAGAAGAUACUGAUCAUUACAUAUUAACGCAUGUUUUAGAUGGAUACGUCAUACAAGAGUCUAAUACAGCUUUCCCUAUCCGGAAACCGCUGAAAGAGAAAAUAAUUUACCAAAACGCAGAUCUAUCAUUAGAACCAAAGAAAGAAGAAACAUAUAAGCACAGGACAGAAGAUGGGAAGCUUAUAAAAGAUAAUAGUAAAAUACUGAGCAUUUCAGAUUUAAACCUGAACGAAGAUGAGGCGAUAGAAAGUGAGGCUGAAACUGUAAAUAGUAAAGAGGAAACGGAAAAAAAUGAAGAUACUAAAACUUGUGAAAGUGAAGAAAAAUGCGAAGAAGAUUCGGAUCAACCUUUUGCGAAUCUAACACCAGCUACAAUCAAGUCUUGGACGGUCGAUCAACUCGCGUCGCAUCUGUCAAAAUACAACUGGGCAGAGACAAUCUCAGUGUUGUCAGAGCACGAGAUCGACGGGGAAUCCUUGUUUUUGGUCAACAAGCAACAGCUGGUGCAGAUCGGAGUCAGUGAAACGCACGCAGAUGUUAUAUGCGAGUUUAUGAAGAACAGUUAAAUUAUAGAAAUUGUGUAUACAAUAAUUAUAGUAAGAUAUCGUAUUAACUAUGAGUAUGCGUGAAGUGCGUGUGAAACAACGGGACAUUUGUGAACUCUUAUGAGAUAUCUUCAUACUAUUUGACAGCUGUCAAUUGUCAGAUAAAUAAUGUGAUUAUUGCCCGCCAGAAAUGCGCCACAGUCAUGCACAAAGUGAGUAUAGUCCAAACAUGAGCUCCCUGCAUUUACUUAGGUAUAUUUAAGGAAUAAGAAUGGGGCCAGUACAGUCAAGUCUGAAAAUAUCGGUUCAAAAAAUGUGCCAAUAAUAUGUAUAACUACCUUAAUAUAUGGGCAAUAAAGUCGUGUAUACAUAUUUUUGGCACAUUUUUGUACCGAUAUUUUUAGACGUGACUGUACAGCGGUGUCACGCACACCAAUGGUUGCAACUAGUUGGUGUCACACUGAACUAGCACCAUUCCUAGUGCCCGUGAGGCCCGUUCUUAGAUAUAUGUCAAUGGCUCCGUGCAUUUUAUAAAAGUAAAAAGAAAUUAAUAGAAUAUCCUCGGAGCUCGUGAGCUGGCAAGAUUAAUAUAUACAUUCGCAAAGUAUUAUUCGUGAAAAAGGGGGAUCCACUGAGUUAGAGUGAUUUUAACCGUAAUUUGAAAGUGACACCCUGCAUUGGAUUGUGGAGUCUUGGGAUAAGUAGAUAGAUAAAAAAUUAUAGCAUUUUUUAAUCUUGACUUGUACAGGGUGAUUUAACCCUGUCCAUCCACUAAAAAGGGUAUACUUUAUGUGUGAAAUAUAUCGGGAAUCUGUUGUGCCAGUACCAGAUAAAACUAAUAAGGGAUUUUUAUGUCUAAGCUACAAACAGUUUUUUCAACUUUGUAUAGGUAAUUGUUGUGACUUGUAUAUUUUGAGUACCUAAAGCAACUAUUGCCAAAGUGGUUUAAAGUGACCCAAAUAAAAUUCUGAAUUCUCUCUAUUCUCUAUCUGCUACUUUCUGCUAUUUUAUACCCAAUUUUAAUUGUCUGUAAUUUUUGCAUCCCAUGUAAAUAUUACCUAUGUCUGUAUCAUCGCGUAUAACAGCCGUUAGAAAACUUUUUUACCGUAUUCUCAAGAAACAAAUUCUAAAUUCAAACUAGUUUUCAAUGGCCGUUAUGCGUUGUGGGGCCAGAGGUUCCACGACCAUCAAAAUCAUAAUUUCGUUUUCUGUCUAUAUCACUCUUGCAUGUUCGAGCAAUAGCGAGGCAAAUAACGAAAUUUCGAUUUAGAAAUUGGAGUCUUGUGUUACGACUAUUUUGCUAGUGCUGUGAAAUAUACAUCAUCAUAAGUAGGUACUUCUAGCCAAAUAAGUGGAAUAAUCGAAUGAGCGACUGUGAUCUUAGUAUUUUACUAAAUUUCAAUUUAUAGCCUGGCCAAACAUUUGUGACGUUCCAUGCGAAAGUGCGUUCCUUUACUCAUCAAUGUCAUGUCAUGUUAUUAAAGGUUAAAUUUAAUAAAUCUGCGCGUCAUCAUGGAUGGCACGAACUAUACCUACAAACUACUAGCUGUAUGUCCCUGUGUGAUUUGUUGUAUCUAUGUACCUCUUAACUACUAUGGGUUGUUAUUCGCUAAUCAAAUAACAACCUUGAAAUUGUAAAUUUAGAAUCAAAUUUUGACUGAUCCGAUAUCGAGUGGAUGAGAACUUGAGAAGCGAGGCCUGCGAGGGGUUAUAACAAAAUAAGUUAUUUUUGUGUAGAUUCGUUGAAAAAACUGGCCUUAAUGUUUUGCUCAUCUUAUAAUAUCUGUCGUUUUAUUUAUAAUUUACAUGACUAAAUAGUUAUAAGUAUCUAAAAUCUAUUUUUUAUAUUCUUGUGGUUUAAAUACUUGGUCCUAUUACAUUGUUACCGUUAUAGUGACAUUGGUGACCUAUUUUAAAAGCUGUAUGUAUUUAAAAAAAUAAUUUCAUAUCUAGCCCUAAUUUCAAAAAUAAAACAUUUCGGUUCGUUGCUCCGAAUCCUCAAAGUAAUUCAAUUUGUAUGUGAUUAGGGGAGAUUUAGUCCCGCACAGUGUAGCAUUAGCGGACAAUCAGGCUUAUUCGCUAUCAUUCUUGAUGAGAUGAUCGCUAUGAAAUAUUUUGCUGACUGUACUUAAAUAUAAUUUAUAAAUGUCACUUUUGGCAAGUGCCAAUAUCAAUUCUAAGUUUUUCAUAUGAGAAAAUUCUCACAGUAAAAAAAAAACAAAGAUUGGAUAAAAUAAAACGUAAAUUGUUAUAUUUGUCUAUUUAGUGUAUUUUUAUAAUCUAUAAUCCUACACUUUUAAGUUGUAACGCGUAUUAAAAUGACAGAUAUCACAUUUAAACCGUCGGUGACUGAAAAAAAAUAUGACAAUGUGUCAAUAAUGUCUGCAUCGAAUGAUAUUAACUGAAAAUCUACAAGUUACAAUUUUAAAAUAGAUAAUUGGCAACACUGGUGUCAUUUCCUUUCGUCAUUGUUCGAUGUUGCCGGCUAACACUUGUAAAUGUGUAACUUGUUACUUUAGGAGAAGGUCAGACUUGUAAAUUUGUAUCUUGUUACUUUAGGAGAAGGUCAGACUUGUAAAUUUGUAACUUGUAACUUUAGGAGAAGGUCAGAAGAAGAUCGUAGAGUGAACGAAAAAGUAUUUGUAUUUAAUAUUAAAACAUUGUAAAUAAGAAAUUUUAUACGUGAGAUGAAGGGAUAAGGCUGCAAUGUAAUUUAUAACUUAGAAUAUUAUUUUGUACACAACCUUUGUAAAAUAUUAUGAAGAGAAAAAAUAAAAAAUUAAAUAAUUAAUGUACCAA